UGAGAAUGGCUUUUCAGCCAUCUUGGCCAUCAGCCGCAAUGUGUGUAAACAACCAGUAUUAUUUUGCAAUAUAUUUUUUUUUGCUUUUUGUGUGUGGAAUUGUUUUAGUGGCAAUAAGAGCAUUGAAAAGUUGAAAGAUAAGCCUUUUACGGUUAAAGUGAAAUUUAUUGAAAUGAGGCGGCUGGUUUGUUCUGUUCCCAAAAAAUGCAAGUGUUGUGUUAAGGAUGAGUUUCGAGGAGAGUGUACCGACAGGAAUAGUAAUAAUGCUGGCAGUGUCCAAAGAUGUAACAGUGACUAAAAAGAUUGUGAAUGGAUGCUAUAAGUUGGAAACUGUUUAGACGAUUCUCGGCAAUAUAAACUGUUAAUAUGUUUGAAUUCUUUAAUAGUGGAAAUGUUCCAGUAUGAUUACGACUACUUAUUUUGGGCAGAGAAUAACAUUGUAUGCCGGAGGUAAACAAAGUCUGCAGAAUUGCGUGAAAAUUUGAACCAAAUAUUGUGAAAUAGAUACUUGCGGAGAAGGGAACUUUCUGUUCAAUCGGUAUCAUAUAAACAUUAUCAAUGUUAUGCUAAAGAAGUACCACACAAACAUGCUGUUACUCUUAAUGUUGGCAUGUAGUUUACCACUAACAAUAGGUUUGUCUAUGACAAACAACAAUCAACAGCAGCAACCUUGUGAUAAAACAAGACGAGUUUUCACGGAACUGUACGGUGAAAUCAGUGAUGGUCCUUCAGGACAUAACUAUACCCAGGAUUCACACUGCGAGUGGCUGAUAAAAGCCAACAAUGAUAGUCAGUUCAUUACCCUCACCUUUCGCAGCAUGGGAACGGAAUGUUCAUACGAUUAUAUCUUCAUCUAUGACGGUGACUCCUUUCGGUCGCCUCUGCUCGGUAGCUUCAGUGGAAAAACGGAACCACAGAAAGUGACCGCCUCAUCGGGGAGUAUGUUGCUACUUCUGUAUAGUGACACCAACUAUGUACUGGAAGGGUUCAAAGCAGAAUUCUCUGUAACAAACUGUCCCAACAAUUGUACAGGUCAUGGUAGAUGUGUGGAUCAUUCAUGCAUUUGUAGCGACAAUUGGAUAGGCAACGAUUGUAGUCAGGACGCUUGUCCUGAAGGAUGCGGCAAGGAACAGGGAAGAGGAACCUGUAUUAGUGCGAAAUGCGUUUGUUCGAAUGGUUACUCUGGACAAGCAUGCAGUCUACACAACACCCGUCCAGUCCCGAACGAAUGGCAUUGGUUAUCUACCUCGAAAAAUGGACUAGCGCCACGUGCCACACAUACCACCGUAUACUACGGACCAACAGAUUCAUUGUACGUGUUCGGUGGUUAUAAUUUGAACGAAGUGUUGGACAACCUGAACAUUUACCGCUUCGACAAGAGCAUUUGGGAAAAUGAAUGGGGAACGAAGCUGGACAGUGAAGAAAUGCAAUCGAUUGCCAAAAUCAAUGGCAAAGCGCGAAAGGGACUAUCCUUUCCUGACGCACUCACCAGAUCGCUGGGACUUAAAAAGGAGCCGAAUUUCUUCAAUAAUUUCAUAUACUCGUUGACGGACAACCGAACGAACCAUUUCAGAGCGAUGUAUGGGGACUAUUCGAGGCCCCUCGGGCGCUAUGGCCACGCUGCGUGCGCUGUUAAGGAUGGCUUCGUUAUUUUUGGUGGAAAGCUAUCCGGCGGAAGUUUGGCGAACGAUUUGUGGAUGUACAACAUAAGUAACAACAGCGGCACGUGGUCGGAGAGGGCAAAACUGUCCAGAUUUAAACCUCCUCCGCUAACAAGGCACACGCUGACGCUGGCUGCUGAUGAUUAUGUCUAUGUGUUUGGAGGUGCGUUGGGCAAUGGCGAGUUUUCUUCGAAGUUGUUCAGAAUUAAACUGUCAGCGAAUAUCGUCGAAGAACAAUGGGAGGAAGUGAUCCCGAGAGGUGGAAAAACAUUGGAUCUGCGAAUGGUUGCACACACAUGUUCGUAUCAUAAGAAUACGAACUCGCUGAUAGUUUACGGCGGUGUGGUGGCUGGUGUGGCAAGAUUUUCGAAGCUAUCCGAUCGUAUGUUUUCGUUUCAAUUGAACAAUCUGCAUUGGACCGAGAUCAUGUAUCCGCGGACGCCUUUGCGAGACGCUUAUAUACCGCGGGAACGAGCUUUCCAUACGACUGUGAUCAAUGGAAAUUAUUUGAUAGUGUUUGGAGGAUAUUCACAUCGUCAUAAUAAGGAGGAAAUUUGCUAUGACAAUCAGAUGUAUCUGUACCAUUUGGGAUGUCACAACUGGAUCAAUCAAGAUGUGCUUGGGACGAGUUCCAAAUCGAGGUACCCGAAGCAGCAGGGGGUAUUUGCCCAUUCCGCGGCACUGAGAAAUGGCAACACAUUGUUCUUGGUUGGAGGAUACCAUGGGAACGUUAAUGGAGAUUUGCUUGCCUAUACUUUGCCGCCAAUUCUUGUGGUUGAAAACGAAGAUACUUUCGAACCGGAAGCCGCAUGUCCAAAGCAUGUUUCCGUUACGGAGUGUCUUUCGGAUCCCGAAUGUGGCUGGUGUUCGGCUGACAGUGUGUGCUAUGGGAGGACAAUUGGAGCGAACUGUACAACGAAUCUGCAGACAACGAGAUGUCGUGGAGUUUGCCCGGCUCUAGGAGAUUGCCACUCCUGUCUUAUUCAUGGAUCUUCGUCCACUGGUGGUAUUAAAUCGAUUGCCAAUAAGUUGGGACUGGAUAAAUGCACUUGGUGUGUUCAGAACGCUCGUUGCCAUCACAAAGAUGACAAUUAUGGAGCCUGUGGUGAGGAUACUCCUUCCCAAAACCCUGGCUGGUGGGGACCGAAAGGAACAGAAAUAGUGGAUCCCGAACAAUGUACCCAGAAAGAUACCCGGCCGGGGUUGACAUUCUUGAAGUAUCUGGAUCCGGUGAAUUGGUCUAUGCCUGAUACGGUUAUGAUUGUAAAUGCAACCAUGGUGGACUUCAAUAUUCCGGCCCCAAGCGCCCAAGUCGAACCCCCUUUCACCGGGCAGGUUGUGGCAAGAUUGCUCGGAUUUAUACGGCCACCAGCUGUUUGGGAGGGACUUGGGGAACGACUACGGGCUUGUGCCAGUCACUCGCAAGCGGUGCUGCGCAUGGCAUCAACGGAUGUGAUCAACUACGACCCCAGCAAAACUCUGCUACCAAUCGUAACUGCAAACAUCACAGCCAGCCAAACCGUUUGCGAAAUGGCACAGUGGCGCAGUUUGGAGCCACGGUUCCGCGUCAUGGUUGAUUUCCAGGCGAGACGCCGUACGCCUGGUUAUGCUGAGAACAAUCAUCAGCAGGUUAGCAAAAUGGGACUUCAGUACAGCUCGAUCCAGCAGGAUGAUCCGAAGGCGUUCACUUUCGAAUUUUUGGAACCCUAUUCAAACGGCUCUUGCGGCAAUUACAGGAAUUGUCUUCAUUGCUUGUCGGAUUCGUUGUGUGGUUGGUGUGAUCUGACCAGUGAAUGUUUUUCACGGCAGGUGAAAGAAUCUGUUUUGUGUCGCAGAGAGAAUCACUGGCGUUAUUUAACGGUUCAACCGGCACAAUGUUCCAACUGCUCGAACUAUAUUUCCUGCGAGCAGUGCAUAGAAGCCGGCCAAUGCGAAUGGUGGCCCGAGGAGGCACGUUGUUCGAGGAAAGGCCGAUCUUCGGCAGCCGUUACCACGAUGAAAGAUUGUCCAAUACCGUGUUACUUGCGUGCGAAUUGCAGCAGCUGUUUGAAUGAACGGGGCCGCUGUGUGUGGUGCGAGGCGACCAGUCAGUGUUUCAGUUUCUCAGUUUACACAAGUGAGUAUCAGUUCGGGCUGUGCCGUGAGUGGCUCGAUCGAACGGUUCCAAGUGGUAUCGCUCCAGCACAAGACCCCGCUGGGAACGAACAUCAUCAGUCUUUGAAACCUGCCCAGCAGUGCAAAUCCUGUGCCAGUCAUCUAAACUGUUCCCACUGCUUGAGCUCGCUUAGCUGCGGAUGGUGCUAUGACGCGGAUAAUCCGAUCGAGGGGGUAUGCAUGCAGGGAGAUUUCAACCGGUCCGCUUUCGAUUGUCAGAAUGCUUUGAACAUGUCCGACGGGAACGCUCGCUGGUCGUACGCACAGUGCCCCGAUGUGGACGAAUGUGAACUGAGCCUGCAUGAUUGCCACGAGCAAGCGGAAUGUUCCAAUACGCACGGUUCGUACACGUGUCACUGUAAGAAAGGCUUCAUCGGAGACGGUGUUCGCAAUUGCAACCAAACCUGCUACGAGCCAUGUGUCCACGGUUAUUGUUCUGAAGGACCUGAAUAUAAAUGUCAGUGUGAUCUGGGCUGGACCGGCAUCGAUUGCAGUCAAAAUUGCGAGUGUAACAAUCACUCCACCUGUUUGAAGGGGAUAGGUAAAUGUGAUAAGUGUAUGAACUGGACGGAGGGGUUGUUUUGUGAGAGGUGCAGCUCGGGAAGCUUUGGCAAUGCAACUUCUGACCUCGGAUGCCAACCGUGCGAUUGCAAUGGACAUGGUAACGAAGCGUUGGGCGUGUGUGAUACUUUGACCGGCGAAUGCUACUGCCAAGACAACACAGAGGGGUUGAAGUGCGAGGUAUGCAACCGGAAUUUUUACGGGGAUCCUCGAAACGGCGGCCAAUGCUACUACCAAUGUGAGGCACGUGGUGUGCUAACAAACGUUGGAACGCAAGGGAUUGGCUCGUAUCAAUCGCAUCGAUCGUCCUGGAGUGGGACGGAAGUUAGAGAGUGCUUGUGGAUCAUAAGUCCUUAUGUUAAGCAUGGAGAGUUGAAGAACGCCAUUGUUCAGUUCGAAAUAGAACCACACGAUAUGAAUGUUACCUGCGGACAGAAUGCAGUGUAUAUUUACGAUGGAUUACCAGAUUUGACGGGUGCGACUCUACAAAAGCAACUGUUGGCUGUAUUUUGUAGCGAGGAUAAAGGUCCUUGGAUCACGGAAGCGCGGUCAGGACACCUGACAGUACACUAUAAACAGGGGGGAUAUGGCCAAGGCUUCAAUGCGGUAUACACUGUGAUGAGCUGCACAAUUAAGACGUGUAUACGCCCCUACAUCUGUGUUGAGGACAAAUGCAUCUGUCCGAAAGGGUUUGCCGGUCCAAGGUGUGCAUUGAAAAUUUGUCCAUCCGACUGUAAUUCCAAAUCAAAACAAGGAACGUGUGACGUUGGUUAUGGUCGUUGCAUAUGUGCCGCAGACUUUGGUGGACCUGAUUGUUCUCGAUUGAUCAAGCCCUCGAACAUAAUAUUCACCGAAUUAUUCAAUUCAUAUCUUAUCUCAGAUGGGUUUGAACAUCUACGAAAAACGUUACCCCGAUUCGGACAUUCCUUAGUGGCAGACCGACGUGGCUCACUGUGGAUGUUUGGCGGUCACUCGCUAUCACAUGGACCUCUCAACGACAUUCGUCAGUUUGAUACUAAAAACAACACCUGGAUGCAAGUGACGGUCGACUCUGGCCCCGAGGAUCGAAUGCCUUUGGGACGAUACUUCCACGCGGCAGAAAUCAUCUUCUCCAAGCAAGCUAUCUACAUUUACGGCGGCCUGUCCCGCAACCAAACCACCCAUCUCGUGCUGGACGACUUCUGGCAGUUUGGACUGCAGAUCCAACGAUGGAGCAUCGUGAAUCAAAACGGCUCAAAACCCCCGCCAUUGGCGGGUCACACGAUGACCUUGAUAAAAGACGGCGAGAAGGAGAUUCUGCUGAUUAUUGGAGGAUUUUCGGUUGCCUACGGGAUGCAAAACAACAUAUGGAUGUUUGACCUAACCUCAAACAGUUGGUCGAAGCCCCCGACAAUUGGAGCCAAACCGAUUAGUAUUUUCGGACACAGCACAGUUUGUCACCCAUCGAAACAAGUGCUGUAUCUGUUUGGCGGUUUCACAUACACAGAUGGCAAAACGAAGGCCUCGAACAAUCUGUACGCGUUUGAUUUCAAAAGCUUACGUUGGACUGAACUUCCCGCGUUUGUAAACAAACCCACUGACUACAUCCCGCAGGCACGCUAUCUUCAUUCAGCGGUAACCACCGACAACUACAUGCUGAUAAUAGGCGGCAGAACUCACCCUGGCCUUCUGGACGAUACGAUAGUUGCGUAUGUGUACAAAUGUAACCAAUGGAUUCGACUUAGCGGAAACGCUGAAGUGGUAGGAAAUUCCCUCGGUCAAACGUACGCCCAAGCGAUGACCCAAGACCCGGAAUAUGGUGCUUUCUACGCCGUUGGCGGUUGGGAUGGUAGCAGCUAUAGUCGUGUCACAAAAAUCAACAUGCCUGACGACCUUUGUGAUCUGUGGAGUAGUUCCAAAUAUGUUUGCCGCCAAUAUAUGGGUUGCAGUUUCUGUGCCGUAAAAACAACGGAAGAAUACACCUCGCAUUGUUACUCGGUGGGAAGCUCGGAUGUUUGUGACACCCAAAAUGGGACGCUUUCCUUCAAUAACGGGGCCGCCUGUGACGAAGAGUGGAUAUCGAAGCGAAACUGCUCCUCGUUCGAUACAUGCACAACUUGUCUCACGUCCUAUCCUUCGCACAUUGAAACCAGUGCCGUUUGUCGGUGGUGUCCGGAUUGUGGAGCUCGUGGGAAGUGUCUGUUUCACGAAUCGCAAUGCGACUCCGAAGGCAAAUGUGCGAUUCAAAAUACCACAGCUAUAACCUUGGAAAGUUGCCCGGUGUUCAGCUGCGCUGCUGCAGAUUGCGAAAACUGUCACCUCAUCCCUAAUUGUUCUUGGACCUUCACGGGAAAACAGUACCAAUGUGAGCAUAUUAACGAAACCGAAUCCAACAAAAAGCCCAACGCAUGCCCCUCGUACUGCCACUCCUACACAACGUGUAACAGCUGCCUGAGUCAGUCUUCGUCGGAGGGUGGCUUCUCGAGUUGCAGAUGGUCAACCCAGUUGGGCGAAUGCAUUUCACCUACUUAUCAACCGUUGUACUGCGCCGGAAGUAUUUGUGGUUUAGUGUUGGAACCGGGGGAUGUUGAACAAUGUCCCGAGACUUGUGGAUCGUUCACACAGUGUGCCACUUGCCUGCAGCAUGCGCAUUGUGGAUGGUGUUCGCGCAACAGUACCGAAGGUGACGGCGUUUGUACGGAAGGGUCUCUCGACAGUCCCGUGGAUUUUCCAGCUACCUCAACGUGCGAUGUAAUUUACAGGGUGAAGAACAAUAUCACAUUCGUAGAUCCAAGCGAUAGAUUCAGUUGGAACUACGUGAAAUGCCCCCCCGAGAACGAAUGCGCAAACAGCCAUCACAACUGUGAUGUCAAGUCCGAGCGUUGCGUGGAUCUGGUGCACGGGUACGAGUGUCAAUGCGCUGAAGGUUAUCGGGCUGACUCGGCUGGAGUGUGUGUUCCCGUGUGUAAGCAAGGAUGUGUCCGUGGUACGUGUGUGGAACCAGACAAAUGUGAAUGCGAUUUUGGAUACGUCGGAUCCAAUUGCAGCAUUCAGUGUCAAUGCAAUGGCCACUCCAAUUGUGCCGGACCGGAUCAGCUUGACAAGUGUCUACAUUGCCACAACAAUACCCAUGGAAUGCAGUGCGAAAAAUGCAUGCCACUCUUUGUGCGAGAUCCUCGCAACAAUGGUGAAUGUAUUCCUUGUUCGGAAUACUGUUAUGGGCAUACGGAUCUGUGCAUUGCGAAGGAUGUGGAACCACUCGUGAGAAAUAUGACUCGAACUGAAUUGUUAAACUCAAUCACGGAAGGAUCCCAAUCCAAUGCCGUGUGUUUGCGCUGUGGAAAUCACACUGACGGGGAUCGUUGUGAUACUUGUAUCGCAGGCUAUUUCCGAGGGGCUACGAUUACGACUGACCCAUGUCGACCCUGUCAGUGUCACGGUCACGGAGAUAUGUGUGAUCCAGUUACGGGCGAAAAAUGCAACUGUGGCAAUAAUACCGAAAGCGAUAACACUUGCUCGGCGAAAGGAAAAAAUCUGGCCUACAGCUGCUGGUCGAUGCAGUGUACUAAGUGUAAAGAUUCCUACUCGGGUCAUCCAUCCAACGGACAUCAGUGUUACAAGCACAUUACGGUGGACUCUAGGAUGUGUUUCGAUGCCAAAACGAUAGAUGAAUGUAAAAUCAAGCCGCAGCCACUGAAACCUGGACACACAGUAUUCUUCGUUAUUCAACCUCGAUACAUGAAUGUGGACAUCCGGUUCAUAGUAGACGUUACACAAGGUGAAUUAGAUUUCUAUAUGAGCCCGAACGAUGAAUCGUUCGUCGUACACUCGAAUGCGAGUUCCGAUCAGCACGAUAUCUAUCUCGAUAAUCGCUAUUCGUGGCAUCACGAUAUAAUAGACGUCGAUUCGGUUGAUAGCUUGAAUCUCUAUCCGCUUUACAUUCAAGGUAACUAUUCAGAUGAUAGCGUAGAUGUACCUGUUAGCGCGAUGACUAAUUCUCAGUGUCGAAUGGACACUGAGAAGUUUUUCUAUAUAAAAGAUAAGCUGGCAAAAGAUUUAAUCACUUAUGUAACAUUGAAUCAGUGCAAUUCCUUGUUGCGAGUUUUUGGUUUGAAAAACCGUCUUGUGGUGACAUUACCACAUUCAGUGCACUCAUUGAGCCAAACUAAAUUCUAUAUUGCACUGCGGGCACGAUCAGGCUCUACAGCGAGUUAUGGACUGAUAUUCUUCCGACAAGAUCAACUACAUAUCCACCUAUUUGUAUUUUUUUCGGUAUUUUUCUCCUGUUUCUUUCUGUUUCUUGCCAUCUGUGUUCUUGCUUGGAAAGCGAAACAAGCCGCAGAUAUGAGGCGUGCCAGAAGGCGUCAUGUAGUCGAAAUGUUACAUAUGGCUAAGCGUCCAUUCGGUAGAAUCAACCUUUCACUGGAGAAUCCUACCGAAACUCCCGCUAGCCAUCGUCGACGGGGUCGAAGUAAGCAUUCGCCCGCAAUGCAGCAGGAUAUCGCUCCGGUUGCGUUGGAACCAACUUCGGACGAUAUAGCUGCCGUUGGUACCGUGUUCGUACGUCUUCCAGGUAAACAUAAAUCACAAACCAUACUUGCGCUAGCCUCGUCGUUGGUAGUCGUCUCCCGGAACCAUACGACAUACAACCGCGGCUUCCACAGACGCAGAGGUUUGUCGCAAUAUCACAUUCAAAAUGUCCAACAACCGUUACAGGGUAAUCAACAACAGGUUCCACCUAUGUUCAUUGAUGUACCACAUGAGCAAGUUCCAUUGCAACCCCUGGGGCUGAACAGGGUGCAGUGACUGCAAUGAUGAUACCCCACAAUAUCAUCUUUAUGUGGGUUUUCAUGUUCAAACCUUGGUCCGUUGGUAUUUUCAAAAAACAACUGUGUGACCUACGGAAGUCUUGAUAUCCAGGCCAAUCAUAUUAUUCCAUUGCUGUAUCUGUUGCGCUCACGUGGUAACUGGAAACAGGUAGAAUUUUAUUGAAAUGUGUGCACAAAAAGUAUACUUUUUUUCAAUUACUUAAAAGGUAAACACCUUCCAUAGUCAAAAGUUUUGUUCUGAAGUAAGUUUGUACAAAUAUGUAGUAAGUAAAACUGAAAAUAAAGCAAUUCUAUAGCUGAAAUGUUAAUUUCCGAAUAACGCUGAGUAGUAGUAGCAAGAGCGCGAAAUGACUAUUGAUCUCGAGAAUGUUGAAUUUGAGAGACUGUGAGACAUAAAACAAUGUAAUGUAUAUAAAAUGUGCUGAUUCAAGCGUAUCUUCUCGGUACGCUUGAAUUUGCCGGAUUAACGUGUAGAUGUGUUUUGUUGGCUGUCAUACUGAUUCCUCUACUAAUAGAAUAGCAUGUCCCGUGAACUGGACAGCAGCUGAUAAAAGUGUAGAUAAAUGGAAAUAUUAUUUUAGCUUUAAAACGGCAAGGUUCGUUAAUUAUUAAAUUAAUAUGUAUUUUGAAUCUCAUGACCGAAAAUGCAACGGGAAAUAGAUUACCUAAAGUAACAAAAAUCUUGUAUAUUUUAUAUGACGAACAAUUUAUAUGUAGAACAAUAAAAUGCAACAAAUUAAAGAUA